AUAUAUAUUUAGAUUACAAUAAUUGAAAAAUAUUCAGUGUCUUCCACAUACAUGCUUUUGUUUACUCUUCGAUAUGAUAAUAUGAAUUUUCUGCUCUGAAUCUCUGAUAAUAUAAGACAACAAUUAAUCCAUCAAUCAGUAGAAAGAGAAGAAGAUGAGCGGAGCUGAGAGGAGGAACGAUGAGAAGGAUACCAAAGAAGGUGAAGGAGCUGGUGGAGGGUGGGCUUCAACUUUUCUCAAAGUAGCAGGCGCAGUCGCUGCAACAGCAGCAGCAGUCGUCGCAGUAGCAGCCGUGGCCAGUAGCUCACAGAGUGUCCUAAAACAACCCGAAGUGGCACCAUUUCAAGCCCGCCGUCCUGAUUAUCUUGAGGAGGUGAUACUAAACGUGGACGGUUCACUUCUUCGUGAGCGUGAAGUUCCAUCAGCAGGUUGUGGCGGAGUUCUAAGUGACUCAUCAGGAAAAUGGCUAUGUGGUUUUGCUCAAAAGCUGAAUCCAAAUUUAAAAGUUGAUGAAACUGAGAAGGAAGCAAUUUUAAGAGGUUUGCUUUGGGUUAAGGAGAAAGGGAAGAGGAAAAUUUUGGUGAAGUCAGAUAAUGAAGGAGUUGUGUAUUCUGUGAAUUGUGGAGGAAGAUCUAAUGAUCCUCUUGUUUGUGGCAUAAGAGAUCUUCUUAACAGUCCUCACUGGGAAGCUACCUUGACUUGUAUUCAUGGAAGGUCAAAUGCAGUUGCUGAUAGACUUGCUCAUAAAGCUCACAGCUUCACUUCUUUUGAUUUGUGUCAGUUUGAUUAUCCACCAGAAAAUUGCACCUCCUUGCAGAUCAUGUAGUUGGUCUCCUUGCUGAUCUAGCUCUUUAAUUAUUAUAUUAUUAAAUAAUGAACUACUACUUCUAUGAGUAUGGUUCAAUGUUUGUGUGUUAAUUAAUUUUUUAAUAUGUGUGAUUGGUUAUGUAAGUUCAACGCAGUUUCUUUCUACUCUUGUUUAACUCUAAAUCUAAUUAUUUCCCCCUUCAACCUAGAGGGUGAAAUAAUUUCCUUAAUGUAAUGUAAGUGUGUAUGUGUCUGCUUUCUUAAUGAAAUUAUGUUAUUACUA